AGCAGGGGGGGGUUCAGGGUAUCAUUUUCAUCCACGUCCGUCCCGCCCCCUCCAUGAGUACACCCUGCACGCUCUCCAGGUCCCAAAGUGGCCACAGAGACUCAGAGACUCGGACUAAAGUGGCAAGAUGAGAGCCCCGUGUCCGCUCCUGUCUGCCCUCUUCCUGGCACUCCUAUACCUGCUCCAGACCACCAAUGGAGCAUCCUAUUUCGGGGACAGCUACUGUCGCAUAGAUGCCGUUCAAGACCUGUCAAGUUUUCAAGUGUCGCUCCAAUUUAAAACUGGCAGACGCAGCGGCCUGCUCCUGCUGGCAGCGGGACACAAAGAUUACCUUUCUCUGGAGCUCAGCAAUGGCAGAUUACAGGCUAGGAUUGACAUGGGAUCUGGAGAAAAGGUUCUGGCCUCCUCUAUGGGUCUCCAACUCAGUAACCUUCUUGACCACCAUGUGUCUCUCCUUCUGAAAGACGGCAAACUCACUAUGGCUGUGGACAACCUGUACACAACCUUCAUCCAAUUGGAGAAUGCAGAUGAGGACCUGAACAUUGACCAGGGAGUGUUUCUUGGAGGAGUGAGAGAUCUGGAAGUUGAGUACCUGAGCACGGCUGUUCCCUCCCUGCGCGGCUGCAUGAGCGACGUUAUGUUUGAGUCUCAUGACUUUGAUAUUCUGUCCUUAGCCAAUACAGUCUGCUAUGACACCAAAGAGACAUGCAGCAGUGAAUUUGAGGCUGGAGAUGGAGACUCUGUAAGCUUCAUAAGCCCAGACUCGUUCAUCUCUUUCCCUACAUGGACAAGACCUAACGUUGGAGCCCGUAGCCUGGAGAUGUUAAUCAAGACAACCAUUGAGGAUGCACUGUUGCUCUUCCAUCCAGGACACCGAACAGACUUCAUUGCAAUAGGAAUGGUGGGAGGUUUCCUAAAAGGCAUUAUUGAUCUGGGAGAUGGGAAGUAUAUGCUGGACAAUGUGGAAAUAAAAAUCGACGAUGAUCAGUGGCACAGAGUAAAAGUUCAGAUUGAAAGCAACGAAUUCCUGAUAGCUGUGGAUAGUCAACCGGUUUCACUUCGUCUUAAUGAGACUGAAGGACAACUGGAUCUAGUGGGGAAUCUGUACCUAGGAGGUAUUCAGAAGAAGAUGAAGGAUGUGUUUCAAGAUGAUUAUCUGAUUCGUGUUGAGGAGGAGAUCACAACAGAGUCCUUCAUCGGAUGUUUAGGAGAGAUCAAGGUGAAUCAGAAAGGAAGAAGCCUCCAGGAUGCUCUGAUAACUAAAGACAUUCAUGUGAAAUGUGAAGGGGAGUAUGAUUACUCAUCUUAUGAUGAUGAUUUGGAGCCUACACCUACGCCUCCAGUAAGGAUCUCAUACAUUGAUUUAAAUACUGACGAAAGGCAUUGUUUCCCAACAGAAGACUUUCCAGAGAUGUUCCGCAAUGUGUCCAAGCUCUUGGACAUCACUCCUCUUCUGGUUCCUGAAGGAGGAGAAGCUUUUGUUGAUAUAGUAAACCUCAACCCAACAUUUGACCUAAAUGCUGCAGGUGUUCGUCAUUCUCAGAUCAUCUUUACUCUGCUAAGUGACCCCUGGUAUGGAGUGCUUAGUACGAACUCAAGAGAUGGCAAAAAGUUUACCCUUCUAGAUGUUGUCAAUAAGAAAAUCAAGUAUUCCCAUCAUGGCAAUGAGAAGUAUGGAGAUGAAAUGAGGCUGGAGGUGAUUGCACAUGGUACAAAUCUCCCUGAGUGCUUGAGCGUUGCUCGACAAUUUGUGCUCCCUGUAGAGAUCAUCCCUGUCAAUGACAUCCCUCAGUUCAGUGCAGGUGACAUUUCAGUCACUGCCAAUGGGCGCACACGAUUGAGCCCAAACCUUAUUAAAAUCACAGACUCAGAUAAUCGAUGUGAUGACAUCGAGGUCACAGUCUUGUCAAACCCUACUCCUGUCGGAUAUCUGGAGACUGCUCAGCUUCCAGGAUUUGGUCUUCGAAAGUUUACCUGUAGACAGCUGAAAGAGGGAAACAUUUACUAUGUCCACAAGGGAGGAGAAGUGACAGGACUUACCCUGCAGGUCUCGAAUGGAGAUUUGGUUAGCCAAUCAAGCACAUUUAAGUUGCUCAUCACCCAGCCCCAGAUGACUCUGGUCACAAAUACCGGCCUUGUGGUCAAUCAGGAUAGCAGUGCCCCUAUUGGAAUACAGAAUUUGGCCAUUUCCGCUACGCCAAAAACAGGAGAUGUUGUUUAUGAUAUCACUCAGCCACUUCAGUUUGGAGAACUGCAGUUGAUCUCAGACAGUGGCCUUGCAAAAAGAGUCAUGCAAUUUCAUCAGUCUGAUCUAGAGCAGAACCGAUUGAAAUACAUUCCCAACUUCACAGCCAAUCACAACAGCAUGGAGUCCGAGGUAAUUCACUUCAAUGCACAGCUUGGACAGGUUGUUCUUUCAGACAACACAUUUACAAUUCAGAUCAUGCCUGCUCUUGUAGGAAUAUCAAAAAUGGCUCCGUUGGAAGUUAAUGGGGGACAGCAACAAGUCAUUAAGCCCGAUCAAUUGCAAGCUUUUGUGAAGGUAGGCCGUAGUGAUUCAAGAACAGUCCAGUAUGCAAUUUUGAAACGUCCAGUACGGGGAGUCUUGUUAAUGCUUGAUAAAGAGUUAUCUGAUGGUGAUACCUUCACUCAACAAGACAUUUUGGAUGGUUUCAUUAGCUACAGUCCUCGUGUGCGCAGGGCAGUUGACUUUGAGGAUCAGUUCCAGUUCAAAGUGUUUGCAGAAGAUCAGUACUCCAGAGAAUACACCUUUCCAAUCAAAAUCAAGGCUGAUUCUAAUGCACCUGUCCUAACCAACGAAAAACUUGUUGUGCUUGAAGGAAAUGAAAACAUCAUAAAUAAGGAAUAUCUCUGGCUUCAAACCUCCACCUCAACAGACUUUGUGUACAGAAUUAAACAAGAUCCCAAGCAUGGUCGUCUUAUCAGAGAUUCUCCACCCGGUGUGCAAAGGUUCGAAGGUGCAGUUCGGGUCUUUAGCAAUGAGGAUCUUUCUUUGAACAGGCUGAUUUACAAACAUGAUGGAACGAAAACAAAGCAUGACCAGUUUACUUUCCUGGCAUUUGAUUCAAGAGGUGGCAAUGGUGGACAAGAUGAGAGUCAUGCAUUACUUACUGGAGUGUUUAACAUUGCAAUACAGUCCAGGAAUGACCACGUGCCUCAAAGGGUAAUACAAAAACCAUUUAACGUUGUCAGAAAUGAUCAGCGCUUAUUGACCACUGAUGACAUUCUUUUCAAAGACGAUGACUCUGACUUUAAUGAUACCCAGCUGGUUUAUGUGAGAGUGGGAAUUCUUUCAGGAAACAUUGUCUCUUCUGCAGACCCAACACAGCCUAUAUACCGUUUCAGCCAGGCUGACUUGAGGGAUAAGAAGGUUUUGUUUGUCCACCAUGGGGCAGAUCGCGAGCGAUUCCAACUUCAAGUAUCUGAUGGUUUACACAAGACCACAGCUGUCCUGCAAGUGCAAGCAGGUGAUCCUUAUCUACACAUAACCAACAAUAACAUGAUGGUCAUGGACCACGGCAGCACCAAGACAUUGAACACCAGUCUACUAAGUGCAGAAACCAACAUGGACAUCAGAAGUGCAGAUGAGAUCAUUUUUGAUGUGAUUUCUCCUCCCAGUGAUGGUCAGAUCAUAGUCAGUGGAAUUGAAUCUUCAUCAUUUACACAGGAAGACCUGACUAAGGGUGUGGUCUCUUAUGAACACAGUGACCAGAGCGUUAGCUUGAAAGAUUCCUUUACCUUCAAUGUGCAAGCUAAUGGCCUGUCCACAGGAGGAACUUUCAGGAUUAAGAUAUUCAAGAAAGGCUACCCAUCAGAAUCGAUGAUUUCAUCAACCAAAGUGAUCAUCGCUUAUGAAGGGGAGCACUCUGUUAUUGACCAAACCCACCUGAAGGUGGAGCAGACAGACGUCCCACCCAAAGAGAUGGUGUACUCGGUAAAAGACUUCCCUCGCCUUGGUCACGUGGUCAAACUCAUCAAUGACUCGGACAGCACCGCAUCUCCCGUCCUGGACUACAUUCAUUCCUUCACACAGGAGGACAUCAACCGGGGCAGGAUCCUUUACGUCUCCGCUUCCCUGCAGGGCCGCGACCACUUCACCGCAGAUGUCAGCAACGGCCUGACCACCAUUGAAGACCUGGAGGUGCAGGUGGACAUCGUUCCCCGAAUCAUACCUGUUCAGGUGGUCAAUCUGACGGUGAGGGAAGGCGGAUCAGUGCCGCUGACCCAAGACGUGCUCAAUAUCACACACCCCUACUACCGCUCCGUCAGCAUUAUGUUUAUUAUGGAGGAAGAACCUGAGCAUGGAGAUAUCAGGUUUCAGGAUGAUGACGAUCCGCUUGUCAGCUUCACCUGGGAGGAUGUCCAGCAGGGUCUGGUGCUUUAUUACCAUGACAGCAGCGAGACCACAGAGGACAGUUUCACCCUGACGGCCUCAGCUUUUGACAUCACCCGCAGAAGCCCAUCUCUGACCGUCGGCAUCACCGUCCUGCCCGUCAAUGAUGAACCGCCUAGAGUCCAGCGCAACACUGGCAUGGAGCUGCUAGCUGGUGAGACGUCUGAAAUCACUGCCAAUAUGCUGAGCAGCGAUGAUGUGGACACGACACCGGACCAGCUGUUUUACUCCAUCGAGAUGCUCAGCAAUGGGAUCGUAGCCUUUAAAGAGUCUCCGGAUGACAGCGUGGACAGUUUCACGCAGGCUCAGAUUAAUAAUGGAGAGGUUUUAUUCAUUCAUCAGGGCUCAGAAUCUGGUGGCUUCAGCUUCACCGUGACUGAUGGAGAACACACUUCACCUCUUUACCGCUUCUCUGUCAAAGCACGGCAGCUCACCAUAUCCAUGGAAACAAAGGGCGAACUCAUGGUCUUCCCAGGCACCAGGCAGGUGAUCAGUAGAGAUAUUUUGCGGGCUAUAACAAGUGAAGACGGUGAUGUAAUCACAUACUCGCUGGUGAAACCUCCUCGCUUGGGACGUGUAAUCAAACCUAACCAGCGUGGACAGUUUGAGGAGAUCACCAGAUUCACACAAACUGAGUUGGAUGCCGGUGCUGUGUAUUAUGAACAUCAAAUGCCAUCCAAGCCCUUCUGGGUCCUGAAGGAUUCUGUUGAGCUAGCCCUCAAAUCACCGCCAGCAACAGAGCUGCACCACAGCCUGCCGGUCACUGUCUCAUACUACGCAGCCAAUCGAAAUGUGUCAUCCCAGCUCUGGAAGAACAAAGGUGUAUCUGUGGUGCAGGGUCAGUCUAAAGUGAUCGACAGCUCUGUUUUGGAUGCCUCCAAUCUGCUUGCUAGCUUGCCUGAGCAAAAGCGGGCAGGACAAGACAUUGUCUACGAAGUACGCCGGUUCCCAGUUCAUGGACGACUGUCUCUUGGAGGGUCAGAUCUGCCACACGAUGCUCCCCGUUUUAUUCAGGAAGAUGUGGCACGUGGGGAUCUGGAGUACCAUCACGAUGACUCCGGAGCAUCUUCGGAUAGCUUCGCUUUCCGUGUCCAUCUGAACCCCAGUGGUCGCACCCCGCAAGUCCAGCCUGGUGCCGUGGUUUUAGAGGAGAUCUUUUUGAUCUCCCUCAGACGACGAGACUCAAACCCGCCAGAGCUCGCAAGCUUGGACCUGCUUCUGGAAGCACUGCAGGGCUCCACGACCAUCAUUUCCAAAAACUACCUCAACACAGUCGACCAAGACAGCACACCAGACGAAGUCCAAUUCACCAUCUCCAAGAGUCCUGCUAAUGGAUAUCUCAUCUACACAGACUCAGGAGACAGAAUCAACAAGUUCAGCCAGGAAGAUAUCAACUCUGGGCGGGUGGCUUUUGUCAGUGAUGGAAGCCUGUCUGAUGGUUUCAUGGAGUUUACAGUGUCAGAUGGGAAACACCAAACAGACCCUCACACGCUGCAUAUUGGAAUCCUGGCCAAAUCCCUAAUACUGAAGAAAGCUCCAGAGAUCCAGGUAAAACAGGGUGAUGAUGAGACACUAAUCACUGAGGACAUGUUGAACGCUUCUACUGGAGGUCCCGUUGAGGAGGAGGUACUCUAUAAAAUAACCAACGUCCCAAAAUAUGCUGCUGUAAUGGUAGACAGACAGCCAACCUCAGCUUUCACACAGAAGCAAAUCAAGCAGGGAAGAGUAAGUGUCCGAUUUGUGAAGUCCACCUCCCCAAGAGACAGCGUGGCCUUUGUUGCUCGAAGCAGGGCAGCGAAUGUAUCCUCAGUCCUCAACAUUACUGUGAAACCACUGGCAAAGGUGGCACAAAAUCCCCUGCUACCCAGAGGUGCUACUGUGCUUGUAGACAGAAAGUUGUUGGACGCUACUCCUCUGGCCAACAAAACCAGAACAUCUCCAACCUUCAGCAUGAUUCAACAACCUCAAGGAGCUCGGUUUGUCAAAAGGGGUGGGCUCGAUGACGGACAACCAGUGAGCUCUUUCACUCAGCAGGAUCUGGAUGAAGGCCGGGUAGCUUUGGAGAUCUUAAACACAACCGGGGGCCAAAACGGUGGAGGUCAAAAUCAAGAUGAAGCACGGUUUCUCCUAAAGGCGCAUGGCGUACCUCCUGCAGAAUGUGUCUUGCCCUUCCACGUGGUUCCUUAUGAUCCUUCCAAAGUUUAUGGAGCCACAUUGCUCAAGGUGCCACCGGUGUCGGUUUCUGACAGCAAUGAAGCAGGUCAACCUGAGCCCCGGUGGAGGGGAGAUGGUGACAAGACUUCAGGCAGCACUUCAGCAACUCCUGUGGUGUCUAGAAGGAAUACUCUGUGGGCUAUCCUUAUUCCCAUCCUUGUCAUCCUCCUACUUGUGCUCCUGGCUGGACUGCUGGCAUAUUACCUGGUCCGACGCAACAAAACCGGUAAACACAAUGUCCAGACAGUGGCAGCAAAGCCGAAGAAUGGGGAAAUGAGUCAGGAAACUUUCAGGAAAACGGAUCCUGCAAACAACAUCCCAAUGUCAAACAUCGACUCCAAAGGGGCGGAUCCUGAGUUAAUACAGCACUGUCGGACAACAAACCCAGCACUAAAAAAGAACCAGUACUGGGUUUGAAAUUGGGAGGUGACCGGACACUUGUGUGUUUCAAGGCCUUGAAUCAUUCCAGUCAGUGUUAUAUAGUUUUUGCCAUUAUUGAUGCUUAUGAAUUAAAGAUCAGCACAAAUUUGAGUGUAAGGUUUCUUAGAUGGCACAACCAGAUCUAUCUUUGUAGUCACAUGGUCAUUUCUGAGCUGAGGUGGAAGCAACUUUUAAGGUACUUUUGGACAAAAACAUAACAUGAUAUGUUUGAACAAUCCCUUGUAUGUAUGUUUAGGUAGUAAAUGGUUUAAGAUCUUAUUUUUCAGUGUUUUGUAAGGUUAUGUUUUGUGUUUGUGUCGCUUUUAAACACCAAUCAGUAUA